AUGGAGGAUUCUCCACAAAACGCAAAAACAAAUACGUGUUCCAACCAAAAUAAAUCAAACGAAAAUAACAAGGUUAAACAAAAUUCUUUAACAAAGGACAAAAUGAAUUAUGAGCGAUUUAACCUUGAAAACGAUGGAUCAACUGAAUAUCAGGAUAAGAAUUGGUCAUGGAAAGAACAAGGAAAUGACCAAUAUAAAGUGUGUAACGCUCCCGAUAGUAGUUUGCCUGAACUUUCACCCUAUAAUACAACACCCUUAAACCAAAAAAAUAUUGGAUGUAUUACAGAAAUUCUUUUAUCCGAUUCAAAUUCCAAAUUAAAUAAGGAAAUUGAUACAUUCGUUGAGAAAGAAAUAGAUAAGGAUGUUGAUGCGUCGCAUGGGAAAAAGCAAGGAGAUUACAUAGAAUUUGAAGAUGGAACUGCUUAUUUAGUUGGAUAA